UAUACGCAGUGCUGUCUGGCCAAUCAGACCACAUGGUUCAAGGAAAGUCAAGCGAGCUGUACGGAAGAGACACUUUAAACUGAAAUAAUUGACCGUAAACUUUAUUCCUUCAGUAUUUCUUAUUCUCAUAUGUUCAAUGCUUAUUGUCUUGAAGAUGAAUAGUGUUGGAGAGGGCUGCACUGACCUAAAACGGGAAUAUGACCAGUGUUUUAACCGUUGGUUUGCUGAGAAAUUCUUGAAGGAAGAUCGAAGCAGUGAUCCCUGUACCGAAAUGUUCAAGAAAUAUCAGCAUUGUGUCCAGAAGGCCAUCAAAGAAAAGAACAUUCCCAUUGAUGGUGUAGAAUUCAUGGGCCCCAAUAAAGACAAACCAGACAGCUGACAUGUGAUGGAGGAGCACUUGCAUUGCUCACUGGGCUUGCCAUGGACAGGGUUUCCACCCUUUUAUCUUGGAUUGGGUUUUGUUUAAGGUCGCUGUCCUAAUGUGGAGACUAAUGAGCAUUCAUAUGAAGGAUCCAACAUGCUAAAUUACAUGACGCUGGGUAUUGUAAUUUGUAUGUUGGGCAUGGAUUACAAGUGGAAGCCAUGAAUCCAGUCAUUUGGGUCAGGCCAAUAAAUAUCCAUGGUUGCAAGAUGCAUGUAAAGUGGUGGUCACAUCAGAUACUCAUUCAUUGUAAAGGACUAUGUCUACUGUAAGAGUGUCCUGGCUUAAUGUCCCUCAAGACAACUGAAGAAGGCAUUAAUGUGGAAGCAUUGGGCUAGAAGAGAAAGCUCAAACAUCAUACAAGGACAUUUAUUUGGUUUACACUGUGGAAGAGCAGAUGUUUUGUCUGUCUCACUCUUAGCUCCAUUGCACUUCAGUUGUCAAGUGUUUUUUUCUCUGUGUAUGAUGCAAUGUAAUGCUGUGAUUGACAUGUACAUUGACAAAGCAAUAAAUAGGAGAAUCAUGUUCCAUUA